GUGUGUCAAUUUCAUUUAAUUAAAAAAUUUAAAUAAAAUUAAAUUUAAAAAAUUAUAAUUAAAAACACCUUGGUUUUGUCAUACUAGUGUCCAGAAAAAGCCCUUCUGCCAGAUACUUCUGUUUGACCCAGUUUUGUAUUCACUUUGUCCAUAUUUGGCCAAGACCACCUCCUGGCCUCUGAUUGGUUGCCUCCGUGUAGAAGGCCCAUUUGUGAGAGCACACGUUUGUUAUGUUGACAGCGCUGGCUUGGGAGAGGAGAGGUAGGCACUAGUGACAUAGACCUGAUUUCAGGCCUCUCUGCAGAAAAACACUCGCAAAGAAGCUGCUGUCAGCCACAGCUGUGACCCAGACACUCAUACGAAGGCCUCACACACAGCCUCAGCACGCCCCACCUCUUCAAGGCACAUGCAUGCACUUCAACUGGUGUACAGAGUUGCUGAGCCGGCACAUCGAGGAAGGAUGAGGCUGCGAGGCCGAGUCAGCAGGCCCGUCCAGCAGGGGACCCAACCAGGGGGACGCCACCGACCACCCAGAACCCAGGGAGGUCCCGAGCCCGACCGAAUCGCCCGACCAGUCCAAAGGGGAGGGGAACAGGCAGCGGAACACCGCCCCCCACCACCACGCCCAACCCCCCUACCUAGCGAGCCCAUCGCUGCCAUCGCCCCCAUCACCCCCGGAGAGCAUGGCGGCCCCAGCCACCAACGCAGGCAUCAGCAGACACCCAAAAAAAUAAAAAAUAAGCGCCCGUCGUGAGUAAGGACGGGCGAGGGCGCCAAGAGAGGGGAGGGGAAGGCGGGGCCAAAAAAGGGGUGGGGGGCGGUUCACAGUUCACGUUUAGCUUCACUCACUACUUAACUUACCAAACAUACUUGACAUUUAGUUUGCAUUGACUUGUAUUGCAUCCUUUCCUUACCACCGAAUAAAUAGUUAAGUUUUAAAGACGAUUUGUUACAUCUUUCAGUUAAUUAGAAAAGGAUAAUUGUCUCCAACAGA